AAGACCAGAGGGCGUGAGAGGGAAGAGGAGAAGAGAGGAGAAGAGGAGUGAGAGAGAGAGGUUGGAAGAAGCAACACUCGGACUCCGAUUACAACAAACAGACCAGAAGCAGGAUCCCAAGAUGUCGAACAAUAAGGAAUACAGUUCUGUAAAGCUCAGCAAGAUUCAGGCCAAUGACCUGGCUGUGGUGGUUUCUCGCAUGCAGAGCAAUGCAGACCAAGUCGAGAAGAACAUCCUGAGGUCAGAGGGGCUGCUGAAAGUGGACACGGAGCGUGACGGGAAGACGCAGCCUCUGAUGCACCAGAAGGAGAACGCAGAGAACCUGGUGCAGGCUGAGGGGCUGCUGAAGGACCUCUUCAUGGACGCGGACAAGGCCAAGAGGCUGCAGCACCCGCAGGCCUUCGAGAUAGAGCGAGACGUGAAGAAUCUCCACGACCGCUGGGUGAAGGACUGCACCACCUACAGGGAACUGUACACCAAGGCGGUCGUUUUGGGACCGAGCCCAAAGAUCGGCUGGGGUCCUCUGCUGGAUGAAAAACUGAACCAGUUGAAGGCGGACGCCUAUGGCCCCAACCUGACGGACGUGGAGAAGCAGACGGCGGUGCACAACGUUCUGCACCAGGAGAUCGAGGCCUACAGCGGCCAGCUGAAACUCAACACCACCGCCUCCAAGGAGCAGUACGCCGCCCUCAAAGAGAAGUAUGCUGAGCUUUGUGAGAGCUCCCAGCUGAGGCGCAACAAGCUGGCCUCUCUGUACGAGUACGUGCAGAGCUGCAGCAAGGAGCUGGCCUACCUGUCGGGCCAGCAGGAGAGGAUCCUCCAGAGGGACUGGAGCGAUCGCAUGGUCGACCCCCCGGGCGUCCGUAUGGAGUACGAGAAAUUCAAAAACAGCGGACUGCUUGCGCACGAGAGUGAGAUCAACAAGCUGCAGGAGGAAGGAGAUCGUCUGGUUGAAGCGAAACACCCCGGCAGCUCAACCAUAAAGGUGCACAGAGACGCCGUGCAGACUGAGUGGCAAUCCUUCCUCAACUUGUGCCUGGCUCAGGAGACGCACCUGGACAACAUUGAAGACUACAAGAAGUUCCAGCUGGAGGCAGAGACACUGGCCGAGUCCCUGGAGAGGCUCAACUCCUCCAUGCACCCAAAGGCUGUGGCCGAGAAGAGCAACCCUCAGGUCCUGUUGGCGCUGGAGGGAGAUGCACCAGCGGUAAAGAGGAAUGAGCAACGCCUUGCUACCCUCAGGGAGCUCAGCAGCAUCAUCGUGCCUCUGAAGUUACGCCGGGUGAAGCCCACCACAGCCACCACUGCAGUGUCCCUGUGUGACUGGGCCGAUACCGUGGCAAAGGACACAGUGAGGCGCGGUGAGGUGCUGAGCCUGAAGUCAAACUCUGACAAUAAGAACUGGGAGCUUCAGAGCAGCAGCGGGAAGACCAGAACCCUACCCGGGGCAUGUUUUAUGGUCCCCCCACCUGAUGCUGAGGUGCUGGAGGAAGUGAACAGUCUGGACAGAGCACUGGGCGAACUAAAGGGCCGUAGAUCUGCACUGAUGGCCUCCUUGAAGAACUCCACUGUGGAGGUGGUCCGCCCUCAGAAGGCAGCCGCUGUUCAAAGGGCUCCAGAAGAUCCCAGAGCUGCCAAGCUCACCAGUGACAUAGACAAGCUCAAAGAAGCCCUGGAUCGGAGCGAAAAAGAAAUCCUGAGUCGGCUCAGAGCCCCGCUGGACAACCGCAACCCCACACAAGACCUGGCCAAAAGACUGCAAGAGCACGAGAAAUCUGCCUCGACUGUGAGAAAGCUGGAUUCUGAGAAGUCUGCGAUGCAGAGAGCUAUGGAGCCUCUACUGGCCGAGAAGUCCCCGGGACCCAUCACCUCGACACUGCCUCUCAAACUCAGUGCUGUCAACAACAAGAUUGAUAACAUCAACACCCUCAUCGAUCUUUACCAAAAAAAAGCUACAGCCUCAAUGUUCCUAGAGAAGCAGAAGCAGAACGUGGAAGGCAUCGUCUCCGGGUUUGAGGACAAGCUUGCUAAAGAUGGCGCCGUUCUUGAUGAACCGAACGCCCUCCCAAAUCGCCACCAGCAGCUGCAGCUUACGCGUAAGGACGUCGCCGCAAAAAAGGACGAGUUGAAUAAUUUGGGCAGCGACUUUGACCAGACGGAGCAAGCAUGCAGGACCUUGCAGCAGAGUUUCAAUGAAUACUGUCCAGACAUCCGCCGCCAAGAGAACGAGGUGAAACGUCUGAGGAGCCGUUACAUAAAUGUCAACAAUCAGCUCCAGGAAAGGUCUGGUCUCAUAAAGGAAGCAAGUAAUAAAAACCAAGAUUUCCAGAAUGCUGCUCAGUCACUGGAUUUCUUCCUGGUAAAUUUGCCCAAUAAUGCGAUCAAACCUACAGAUGACGUGGCCCAGAUAACAGCCAAGCAGAACUCUCAGAAGAAAAUUAUUGAGGACAUCAAGAAGAAAUCUGGCGAUUUAGACCAAGUCAAGCAUCUCUCUCACGAUCUGCAGGGCGUUUUAAACGAGUAUGGCGUUAAGUCGAACACUUACCGUAGCACUCUGAAUGAUGACGACGACGACAAUGAUACCAAUGAUGAUGACAAUGAUGGACCUGUUCUGAAGAAACGUCAUACGUCCACUAUGACUCAGGCUGUACAGAGAAAGGAGCAAGAUCUACUGAACCUUUUCUCUGAGGUGUCUGCAGAAAACAACCAACUUCUCAAACAGUUGGGGACGGCGAAGAACAUCAAAGCCAUGAAUGAAGAUAAAGUUAGUCAGGUGGUGGUCCAUCAGCAGCUACAGCUACAGAGCCAGAGGAAGGACAUGGAGAAGAGUGAUAUUCUGAAAAGGGAAUUAAAUGAGGAAAUUGAGAGGCGCUUACAUGCUGAAAGAGACCUGGAAACCUUCCGUAAGAGGUUUGUGUCUCUGAAGAACAGGAGAGGAGUGGAGAGGUUGGAGGAGAAGGAGGUGGUGCAAUACUACCGUGACCCCAAACUGGAGUCGGAAAUAAAGUCCUUUAAAGAUCGGAUCCAGGAUGAAACAUCGAAAAGGUCAAGUACCCAUUCAGACAUAGAAAUUAUACAUGAUAGGAUUAUCAAGGUAAAAACGCAGCUGAUGAAAAUCGAACCAAAACUGGUGACCAAGCUACUGUUUGAAUACGAGAGAGACCCACAGCUUGACAAAGACGCCAUCAAAAUGAGGGAAGAAAUGCACAGGAUACAACUGGAGCUCCAAACAAGAGAUUCUGAGGCAGUUCAUGUGAAAACUGAGCUCACGGUUCUGUCUCAGCAGAAGCAAAAAAUCAGGAAUACGAUUGUUAAGAAGGAAGUGGUGAGGCUUGAAAAGGAUCCGGAGAUGCUGAAAGCUGUUCUCACUUUCCAAGGGCAUAUCUCGGAGGAGGAACUCCGGUCCAAGUCGCUAAACGAUAGCAUUUUUAGCACAAGGAGUCAGAUAAACACACUCGAGAGGAUCAUUCCCACCAUCCAACCCAAGAUCGUCACCAAGGUGGUGAAGCAAGUACAGCAAGAUAAAGAAAUGCUGGAAGAGUCGAAGAAACUACGAAUAGCCUUAGAGGAGGAGAAGGAUGAGAACGUAAUCUUGAUGAAGGACCUGACCACCUUGCAUCUGCGUUACAGUGAGGUGGACAAGCUCAGGGCUAAAGUUGAGGUCAAGGAGAUCCUCAAUGAGAUCUACAGAGUUGAUCCUGAGACAGAAGUCGAGCUGGUGCGUCUGAAGAAAGAGCUGCAGGAUUCCGGCAGUCACUGUGUAGACCUGGAAAAAGACAUCAAGACACUGAUAAUGACUCUGACUACCCUGCGUGCUCAGAAACCCAAAGUCGAGUACAAAGAGGUGACCCAGGAGGUGAUCAAAGAAGAGAAGAGCCCAGAGGUCACCAGGGAAUUGCAAAGGCUAAACAACCAAGCCUCCCGUCUGCUCGUCAACUAUGAAACCACCCUGGAGCUGCUGACCCGCCUACGUAAAGAAAGAGACGAGCUGAAGGCUGAAAAAUCCAAGGUGGAGACGAAGCUAGUCAAUAAAGAGAUCAUCAAAUAUGAAAACGACCCACUUAUUGAGAAAGAGGCUGACAGAGUUCGGAAGAAUGUAAGAGAAGAGAUUCAACAACGUCGCAAUGUGGAGGAGUGUCUCUUUGACCUCCAGAACCAAUACAUUAUCCUUGAAAGGCAGAAGCCAGAGGAAAAAGUUGUCAUGCAGGAAAUGGUGCGUCUUCAGAAGGACCCCAAGCAGUUACUGGAGCAUGAUAAGUUGAACAAGAACCUGGACGAUGAAAUGAAAAGCCGGAGAAAGCUUGAAUUGGAGGUCAGACACCUAAGAGCCCUGCUUCAAGACAAAGAGAAUACCCUGGCUCAGAUGGACGACCGUCACAAGAAGAUUCAAGUAGAGACCGAGCUAAGGCAGAUCAAGUCUCGCAUUCUUGAACUGGAAAACUCUCCGUUGCCCGUUGAGGAAAAUAUUGUCAUCGAGGAGGUCCUGAAAGUGGAGAGGGACCCUCAGCUGGAAAAACUUACUGAUGGUAUACGUCUCGACAUGGAGACGGAGAGCACCAAUAUCAGUCGUCUAGAGAGAGAAACCCGCAACUUGAGGGUCAAGUUGGAAAUUCUACAAAAAGAGAAGUCAAUUGAGAAGGUUGUUUACAGAGAGGUUGUUCGCGUAGAACCCGACCCGGCAGUGGAGGCUGAAAGGGAACAUCUUAGAGAGCUUGUAACACAGCAGAGGAAUCUCCGGCGUGAUCAGGAGGAGAACACGCAGAGCAUCCACAUCCGACUUGCUCACCUGCAGUCAUCGCAGUUGGUAACUUCUCAGGAGGAGGCCAUUCUCCUCACCAACAGAGAUACCCUGCACAGGGAGAAGGAGGAUACACUCAGACAGCUCAAAAUGCUCGAGUCUCAAAGACAGAACAUUAGUAUAACGUUUCAGCAACAGUCAAAGCUGCUGAGUGAGAGAAACCAGAAUGUACGGCAAAGGAGUCUUAAAACCUCCACUGAGAUGCAGCGGCUGGAGAAAGAAAUCCUCAAGGAGAAAGACAAAUUAUACCAGAGAGACUCACUCAUCAAGGAGCUGCAGGACAACAUCCAGAAAGACGACCACUCGGAAACUCACACCAGGGAGACAAAUCUGUCCACGAAGAUCACCAUCCUGGAUCCAGAAACUGGGAGAGACAUGUCUCCCUAUGAUGCCUACAUGCAGGGGCUAAUCGAUCGCAAGAACUACAUUCACCUGGCGGAGUUAGAGUGUGACUGGGAGGAAAUCACCUCAACUGGUCCAGAUGGGGAUACAACAAUUAUUCAGGAUCGUAAAAGUGGGAAGCAGUACUCGAUCAAGGAUGCUCUGAGGAGUGGCCGCUUGACCCAGUUUGACGUGUCUCGCUACAAGGAUGGAAAAAUGUCAAUUUCUGAGUUUGCCCUUCUUGUUACAGGGGAUACAAGAACACCCAUCGUUCCUCCAAUACCAAUCCCAAGAUCACCCACCAGACCCACCCCAACCAGUCCCUUAUACUCCAUGCCAACCUCCAUGAGGUCCUCCUAUACCAACCUCAACACUCAACACACUGGCAGUUUGAACAACCUCAACGCUCAACACACUGGCAGUUUGAACAACCUCAGCACUCAACCGUCAGCAGGUGAUGAGUAUUUCCCCAUCUCUGGUGUUUUCGACACCACCACUGAAAGCCGCAUGUCUGUGCGAAGUGCCCUGACCCGCAAACUUAUUGAUGCUGACACAGCUCUGAAGCUGCUGGAGGCACAAGCAGCCUCCGGGGGAAUUGUCGAUCUCUCCAUGAAGGACAAACUGUCCGUCCACAAGGCAGCUGAACGCGGUCUCAUUGACUCGAGUGACAUGUACAAGCUUCUGAAUGCCCAGAAGGCCUUCACUGGAGUUGAGGAUCCCAUGACCAAAGACCGUCUCGCAGUGGGACAGGCCGCCAAGAAAGGGUAUAUUCCCCAAGAAAAUGCCAGGAGGUACAUGGAGGCGCAGUACCUGACUGGUGGGCUUGUGAAUCCCUCUAAAGCAGGACGCCUAACUGUCAAAGAAGCUCUUGCCGGUAAUAUUAUAGACAGCACAACAGCCGAGGAGCUGCAAGAUGAAGCUUCCCACACAAAGGAGCUGGUAGACCCCGUUACUAAAGAGAAGAUAUCAUACAAGCAGGCGAUGGAUAGGUGUCAGAGAGACAACAGCACGGGCCUCCUGCUGCUUCCUGCAGCCUCUACUGAUGCCAUAACUGCCCCAUCAUACUCAAACUAUCGUUUCAAUUCCUACAAGAAAUACUAGAUGUGAACUUUAAGAUGUUUUAUUUGCCGCAGCUAGUGGUGCUGCAGGGUGUUUGCAAGUGUUGAUUCACAUAAAGAUAUAAAUUAGCAUUUUUAUCUUCACACAUUUUUUUGGUAAAGCUAUACACGUGGAUCUGCUUUUUUAAGGGCUAUUUUGGGGUCUGAUGUAAAAAUGAGGGUAAUGUUUGUUUUAUAUCAGAAAUUGUUUUUCAGCUCUCUCAAGCUAAAUCCUUCAUCAGUGCUUAUUAAACGCCACACGCCUCACAUUUA